GAGUUUUGAGACCUAGGACUAGGACAUCGACAGUCAUGAUGAGAUCAUAGCGAAUAUUCAUUCACACUCACUGAAUUUCGGUGACUCCACCGACUCCAUCGACUCCACCCAGGUCCCAGACAGACGUGUCAACCAAAACUAGGAAGACAUAGAUCCAGUCAUUCCUUGAUCUAUUGGGGUAAAUAGAAGUGGGCUCAUCAUGGCCCAGUCCACGCCCAUUCGACACGAUCCGAGCAAAGUCCAACGCUCGAUUUACGAGGUGGUCAAACGCGUGGAGUCAGUCCACGCUCAAUGUGGCGAUAUCCAAAGCCUCUUCACGCCCGAGGUCCUCUUUUUACGUGGCAAACUUUGGGACUACACGCUCCGGCUGUGUCAAUGUGAUCCCGCCCUCUUCGCUCUCAAGGCUCUGGAUCUAUUCUGGCUCAAAUCCAUUCACGGCACUUUGACGCGGGCCCGUCAAUUGACCCGAGGUUGGACGCCCAUGGAACAAGCCUAUCUCCAAGGUCAUUUGGCCGCUUCCGUCUCGCAGAUGCGGCAUUGUCAAGAUUGGUUAACCCCGCCCGCUGGUUGGACACCGCUCAUCGAAUAUGGUGAGCUAGUGGCCCCGCCCCCGCCCACUCGAGGUCGUGAAAAGUGGCGACGCAUCCUACAGCACAAAUUGUUGGUUUAUUUGGGCGAUUUGACGCGAUAUGCUUUGAGUUUUCAAGCCGAAGCCAGCCCGCGAUUGCCGGCCGGGUUUUACGCCCGCGCUUUGGCCCUCGAACAGGCCCAUGGGGCGCCUUUUAACCAAUUGGCCUCGCUCUGCGCUCAAGCUAAUUACGGCCUGAGUUCGGCCUUUUUAUACCUACGCAGUAUGCACACCUCGGAGCCUUUUGCUGGGGCCCGAACAAAUUUAGAGAAAUUGGUCACGAAAAACAGUCGAGAAUGGCGAAAGUUGCAGAAUCAACUAGACCAGCGUGGACCGCCUCAAGUAGAAACGGAAUGGUGUAUUCGCUUGCACAUCGAACUCAUCAAUUGCAUCGUGUUGGGCGAGGCCACGUCCGACUUGUCGGACAUUUGUCAGCGCGCUUUGGAGGCCUUCCAGCGGUGUUUGUAUAUACCCAUGCAAGAUGUGGACUAUGCCUCUCACGAUCUUUUGUCAGAGGAGGUGGUGGAUGAAAUGAUUCUGAGCUUGUUGGUGCCCUUGACCAAUCCAAAGCUCAGUGCCUCUAAGAAAGCCAUGUUGAAUGCGUAUCUCUUGGCACUGUUCACGCACGUGGUCUCGAAAAUGCUCGGUGAUGUUACCUUGAAGUUCUUUGGCCCCGAGGCUUUACUCAAAGUAUUUGAACCUGAUGAACCUCAACCCAAAGACACGCCCGAUGACCCAACCAAUGGCAUCGCCAAAGCGGAAGCCGAAAGCGAAGAAAAGUCCAAAUCCAAACGGACUCCGAAACCCCAGAGUAUCCUUGACAAAAGACGUCGUCGGAAGCCGCGUGGUUUGUCCGAUUCUGAAACAGAUCCAAGCGAAUCAGACAAUGAUUCCAAAACAGAUCCAUCCACCUCCAAAUCCAUGAGGGAUGACGAGACGACUCGCAAUUUGGAUUCUUCUAGUUCGGAGUUUAGUUUUAGCGACCUGGAAUCCGAGAGUGGGAUCCUGGCCACAGACUCCGAGGACGAAGACGAUGAUGAUGACGACUCGGAUGUGAUUGUCGAAAGCUCUAGAAACUUGAUCUCGACUUUGGGUUUAGUCCGUGUCCUCAAAAAGCAUCACUUAAACGGAGGAUUUAGAAUCUUGAGCUCUUGGCUAUUGAACUCCGAAAAGGUCUUGCAAGAGGCAAGUAAGUCCUCGGAUGUGUUCUGGAGCCGUUUGUCUCGCUUCUUUUCACUGCUAGAUUUUACCAACUCCGAGUACACGCCCAAUGACGAGGUCAAUGAAGCCAUCGUCAAAGUGAAGGAUCUUGUUGAAGUUGGGAGCUAUUACCCUGAGUCGGAAUUGAUGGCCGGAAUGACGAAUGUUUCACGCAUUCCUCCACCCUCAUCAAACACGAAUGAUGAUAUUGAGGAGGCUUUGAGCAAGCUGAAUGAAUUGGAAAAGGGUACACUACAAAUCUUACAUUUUCAAUGGAUUCGUGACCGAUUUUGCGAAAGCCCUUUGACCAAUUUGCAAUUAGAGGAAAACGGCCUUGUAACCUUCAAAGUGAAGAAUACCACGACACACGAACCUGUGACCACUCCGAAGGAAGAAAAAGUCGAUUCCUCAGCCGAGAAGUCUGUCGAGAUGACUAAAGAAAAAGAGCAAAUGAUGGAGCAAAUGGCCAAGUUAUGGCUUCAACAGGAGGUCAACGAUUUGGAGGGAAAGACCAAGAGUUUAAGAGGGUACGCCCAUUACUCUCCCUAUCUCGUAUUGGACCAUUUUGCUUUGUCCGAACAUUUGGAACUGAUAAAAGACAUCGUUUAUUCUAAAAAAUUCGCCGUGAUUGUGCCCACAGUAGUCAUUCAUGAUCUGGAUGACAUGAAAAAGAGCUCUCCCGGCGCUAGAAACGCCAUACGAUGGCUUGAAAAACAAUUUCAUCAAGGGAACCGAUGGCUUCGACCGCAACGACCGAACGAAAAGAAGCCUUUAGAAUUACUCACUUAUCCCAAGAAGAAAGAACGCGAGGCCACGAACUAUUUCCAAAUUUUCGAGUGCUGCAAUCACUUUUCGGUUAUUCGCGGCGAAAGCUCAGCCGCCAACAAGAUUCAAGUUACGUUACUCACAUCAGGUCCAAAGGAAUCUGAGACCCGAACUUAUGAUCCACGGGGAGUGGCUGGUUCGAUUGGAAUCAAGGUGGAAAACGUGAACGUCUUCUACGUGGGAAAAUCGCCCUCAGAGCGCCGCAAAAACAAGCAUUUCCAUGCCAAGAAGAAGAAACCUAAGAGCCUCGUAUCACGACCUUGAACAAUGUUUUUCUGUUGGUUUUUGAUGGUGUCGCAAGUUUUUGACGAAUCGAUCUGACACCAAAAUGAGGCAUGAAAUUGCGAUGAUUAUCCAAUCCAACAACGAUUCUUGAGGGCAAAUCGAUAUGUCCUGUUUUAAAUCAAUGUAGGUUUCUUCCUGAAUACAAUCAAUCGAAAUGUUCUGGACUUGAACAUUAAAUUUAGA